AACUGCAAACCAAACAUACAUCACAAUGAACUCCUUCGUGCUUGUUGCAUUCUUCACCCUCUUCGCUGUCGCCAGCGCCGAAAUUUUGCCAGGGGCGCCCUUGGUGUCCGCCUAUUCCGCCCCUGUAGUGUCUGCCUAUUCUGCUCCCGUAGUAGGCGCUGGAUUAGUCGGUGAACAAACCGUAGUAGCAGGACCCUCAGGAACCAUCGCUACCGGAAGGAUCCUUGCCAGCCCUGCUGUUGCAGCAUACGCCGCCCCUGCUGUGGCUGCCUACAGCGCUCCCAUCGUGUCCUCUUAUGCCGCCCCAGGUGUUGUAGCUCGCACCAUCUGGUAGAUCUUUGUGAUGUAAUGUGUUGUAGAAAAUAAAUAUAAUUUUCAAAAAA